CAAAACCAGCGCUCCACGUUCGUUCCCGAGACGCCCUCUCGGAGUCGCGCGCCCACUCAGACACCAUGACGCACUUUUAGGAGACUUUUUUCCGCGGAGAACGGAAGCCCGCUGUCGCUCCACCGAACACUCUCCACUUUGUUUCCGCAGCGCCGGUGUGAUGCCCGCCGGGAUGUUCAGCAUCGACAGCAUCCUGUCCGGUCGGCCGAGCUGCAAGGAGCCGCUGCUGCUGCAUCGCGGCGGCCCGGUGGUGCUGUCCGCCGGCCUCACGGACUCUAUCUACACCGACUACAGCGGUCUGUACUCGGCCACGUGCGGGCCUCCCGCCCCCGGAGUUCAGCCGGUGAACGGCACCAGGAUAGGAUAUAACGGCUACUACUACGGACAGCUGCACGUCCAGGGCGCCGGAGGAGGGCCGCCGUGCUGCGGCUCCGUGCCCGGCCUCAGCCCGCAGCAGUGCCCCUGCAUCCCGGCAGGCUACGACUCCCCGAGUUCGGUGCUGAUCUCCCCGGUGCCGCACCAGAUGAUGUCUUACAUGAACAUGGGCAGCCUGUCUCGGACCGAGCUGCAGCUCCUCAACCAGCUGCACUGCCGCAGGAAGCGGAGGCAUCGCACCAUCUUCACCGACGAGCAGCUGGAGGCUUUGGAGGGCCUCUUUCAGGAGACCAAGUACCCGGACGUCGGAACCCGGGAACAGCUGGCCCGCAAGGUCCACCUGCGGGAGGAAAAGGUGGAAGUUUGGUUCAAAAACAGACGCGCGAAGUGGAGGAGGCAGAAGCGCUCUUCGUCCGAGGAAUCGGAGAACUCUCAGAAAUGGAGCAAGUCCAGCAAAACGUCCGCAGAGAAACCGGAGGAGAGUAAAAGCGAGGUGGACUCAGACAGUUGAUGGCACCGCGAGCGCGUGCGCAUCCAGCGGGCGGACUCGGCCGCAGCCGGUGGUGUUGCCUUGUUGCACAGUUGUACAUAUUUACACAUUAUUUUGACUCUUUGUUCGCUAUUUAUAAUUAAUUUAAGUUCCGUUGUGUUACGCGCGCCGGGGGCUCGUGACUGACAUGUCCGAAUAUAUCUCAGUGUUACAUGUGACGUUUUAUGGAUAUGCGCGCCUUGUUUUUACCUGUAAAUGAUUCGUGACGCUCAGAGACUCGCACAGUGUGAACACACACCCAGAGCCGUGGGAGCAAGAUGUGAAGGUUUCUGUCAUUUCAUUUUACAAAAAUAUGAAAAGGUUAAUACAAACAAUUAUAGGCUGCAUUAAAAUGUAACUGAACAUCA